UCGCCGUCGUUCUAAAGUGUGAAAGUUAAAAAACCGUCUGUUGAAGCAAAAUGACUGGUCGCGGUAAAGGAGGCAAGGGACUUGGAAAGGGAGGAGCAAAGCGUCACCGAAAGGUUCUUCGCGAUAACAUCCAGGGCAUUACGAAGCCCGCCAUCCGUCGCCUGGCUCGUCGUGGUGGUGUGAAGCGUAUUUCAGGACUGAUCUACGAGGAAACGCGCGGUGUGCUGAAGGUUUUCCUGGAGAACGUGAUCCGUGAUGCCGUCACCUAUACCGAGCACGCGAAGCGCAAGACCGUGACGGCGAUGGAUGUGGUGUACGCUCUGAAGCGCCAGGGCCGUACGCUGUACGGUUUCGGAGGUUAAGCG